GUGUCAUAUGGAUUCGUACUAGUUGGUAAAAGUUUAGCUGGAGUUUAGCUGGAGCUGGAGUUGAGGCACAGCUACUGCAAAGAAGAAGCUUGAACCAACUCAAAGAUACCAAAGGCUGCUGCAUCAGGGAACCAAAAUGGGGAGUGAGCCUGGUCCAGUUCAGAUAGUCCGGGUAAAUAAGGAGGACCACUCCUUUGAGCUGGAUACUGAGGCCUUGGAGGAGGUUCUUCUUGCCCCAGAGAUUCGAGAUAAGCAUGUCGUGGUUCUGUCAGUGGCUGGGGCCUUCCGUAAAGGCAAGAGCUUUCUUCUAGACUUCAUGCUUCGGUAUAUGCACAGGAGGAAUGAAGAGGACUGGUUGGGAGUGGAAGAUGAGCCCCUAACGGGGUUCUCCUGGAGGGGCGGGUCAGAACCUGAGACCACAGGCAUCCAGCUGUGGAACCAGGUGUUCUUGGUGGACAAGAGUGAUGGCUCUCAGGUUGCUGUACUUCUAAUGGACACUCAGGGUGCCUUCGAUAACCAGUCCACAGUGAAAGACUGUGCUACAAUCUUUGCCCUCAGCACAAUGACCAGCUCAAUGCAGAUCUAUAACCUCUCACAGAACAUCCAGGAAGAUGACCUCCAGCAGCUCCAGCUCUUCACAGAGUACGGUCGCCUUGCGAUGGAUGAAAUCUUCCUGAAACCCUUUCAGUCCCUCAUGUUCUUGAUCCGAGACUGGAGCUUCCCCUAUGAGUACAAGUAUGGCUUACACGGAGGGAGGGAGUUUCUGGACAAACGACUGCAGGUGAAGGAGACUCAGCAUGAGGAAUUACAGACAGUGAGGGAGCAUAUUCAUUCCUGUUUCACCUCAAUUUCCUGCUUCCUCUUACCACAUCCUGGGCUAAGAGUGGCCACCAGUCCUUCCUUCAAAGGCCAGCUCUGUGAUGUGGCACCUGAGUUUAAAGAGGAGCUGCGCAACCUAAUCCCCUCACUGCUGAAGCCUGAUGCCCUGGCCGAGAAAGAGAUCAACGGCAACAAGGUGACCUGUCGGGGCCUGGUGGAGUUCUUUAAGGCGUACAUCAAGAUCUACCAGGGCGAAGACUUGCCACACCCAAAGUCCAUGCUGAUGGCCACAGCAGAGGCCAAUAACCUUGCAGCGGUCGCUACAGCCAAAGACCAGUAUUACAAGAACAUGGAGAAGGUCUGCGGGGGAGACCUGCCUUACGUCGCCCCCGACUCUCUGGAAGAGAAGCACAAGUUCCAUCUCAAUGACGCACUCCAUCAGUUCUCCUCCACCAAGAAGAUGGGAGGCCAGGAGUUCUGCGACCGCUACCAGGCCCAGCUACAGACCGAGCUGGAGGAGCUCUGGACUUCUUUCAGCAAACACAAUGAGUCAAAGAAUGUCUUCAGUGCAUUCCGAACGCCUGCCGUGCUUUUUGUCCUUGUGUGCCUCCUGUACGUGCUGUCUGGUAUCCUGCUCUUCAUCGGCCUGGCUUCUGUGUCGUUUGCAUGUGACUGUGCCCUGGGUGUGUCCAUGCUGGCCAUGCUGACCUGGGCAUUCAUCCGCUACUCGGGUCAAUACCACGGAGUGGGCACUGCCAUAGACCAAGCAGCAGGAGUCUUACUAGAACAGGCCACAGUUGUGCUGAACAAGUCGAGAGGAACUCCUGUCCUCCAGGAAAAGAAAUCAAGCUAGGAGCACCCUGCCCUGCCUGUCAAGAAAUCACAAAGGAUGACGUAUUCUGAAACGCAGCCAAGAGGAGUCCCUCAUGUGUGCUUCUUGUGUACAAACAAAAACAACGUUGACACUCCGUUAAAAGCACAUCAGCCUGUAUCUACCAAAAAAACAGAACUAUGACAUCACCAGCCUGCAUCUCAUAUCAGGUGCUUUGAAUUUGCUGGUCUAAUAUAUGCACAACCUUUUUAAGCUGACUGCAUUCCAUCACUGCCAAUAGCCAGCUUAGUGUAAAUGUUUGAUCAAGUCGAAUGGCUUGAAGCUAUGAAAUAAGCCAAUUAGUGAAUUUGCACUUUUCUUAAAUUUGAUUGAAAUCAUUAUAGCUUUUUUUCCCCUCAGAAGUGGUUGAAAUCUUUAUGGAUCACUGUGAUGGUGUAUUUGCUGACAUAUAAACUUAACCCAACUUCUGUUCUGCUGCCUAUUGUUCAAGCUUCUUCCUCAUUGUAACUAAUGCCUCUUGUGCAUUCCAGCUUUGUUCCCUUUAAACUCCUGUUGCUCAUAUCAGAAGCAUGUAAAUGGUUUCGCAGGAGAAUUCCGACGCAAUUCCAGGUCUCGCCUGAUCUGCAUUCCUGUUUGAACUGACAGCACUGGCUGUGUCGUUUUUUGCUCGUAAGGUCCCCCUCACCUGCUUGAUGUUGUCAAAUCUGAUGCUUUUUAGGGGGCAGACAGGCAUGUUACAUUCCAGAUCCAGUGCUCUAGAGCUGAGAACUGUUUACAGUAACGAUAAACGUCUUCUAGAGGAUGUGGUGCUCCCUUAUUGUCACUUUUACCACAGAUCUCUGAUGGACCUACGUCUCCAAAGAUGUUUUUCAUAUCCAUGUUCUGUGUCCAGUCAAAAGAAAAUAACGCAACAGCUAACUUUUUUAAUGCAUUCCUUCAUUCCUGUUUCUCAUCAGUCAUGAGUGAGUUGGUGUCUUUGGUUGGUUGCGGUUAGCCCCCUUUUCACGCUUUAUGAAAAGUGACACUACCAAAUACGAGAAGGGACUCCCUGGAUUCCCAGGCAGCCUGAUUAUGCUCCUCUAUCAGCUGAGGUUACCCAUAACCAACCCUGUUUGAGAUUUCCUCUCAUCACAUUCCAUGUCUGUCAGUCAUUCCAUGACUGAGAGUAGUCAGUGUGAAGAGUGUAUUAAAUGAUCCUGCCCUCAUUUCCAUUGUGAUGUUCAUUUUUUUUAUUCAUUCCAGAAAUAAAAUGUAUGCAUGGAAUUCAUUUUCUUGUCAGCUUUUAAAGCUGUUCUUACAGGUCAUAUUUUUGAACGGAUUUAAGUGACAAUAACCAAAUAAAGAGUAUUUUAUGCAUUA